CAAAUUUCUGCAGAGUUUUAAUCGAAAUUCACCGCAUUUAUUUGCUUCAGCCCGAAUUAAAAGUAUAUUUUUAAAACAGCUACCGCUGGAAAGUGCGGCAAAAAGUUUUAUUUACUUCUAUAAAUAUUAAUAAAUAGGCUUCGUUCGAGUUCGACGUAACAAAAUCUCAUCAUGGAUACAUAUUUGUUUGAUGGAGGUCGUAUUACCAAAAUGGAGGUGGAUUACGAACCCGCCUGCAAUGAGAAAAUCCCACUGGCCAAGGAACUCGCCAAAAAGAAUCCCGAUGCCUUUCACGAGUCCAUCGAAAUGAUGCUGCAGUUGGAGAAACAAACCCGUCUGGGCGCAGACAUGGUCUCCUGCUCCCGUGUCCUUGUGGCUAUCUGCCAAAUAUGUCUCGAGGCAGGCAACUGGAAUGCAUUGAACGAGUACGUGUCGUUGCUGGUGCGUCGUCGUUCGCAGCUAAAGCAGGCGGUGGUUAAGAUGAUACAGGAAUGCUACACAUAUGUAGACAAGACACCCGACAAGGAGACCAAGCUGAAGCUGAUCGAUACGCUGCGUUCCGUUACCGAGGGCAAGAUCUAUGUGGAAAUUGAACGUGCCCGUCUAACGAAAAUCUUGGCGGACAUUAAAGAAGCCGAUGGCGAUGUCGCUGGCGCUGCGGCUGUCAUGGAAGAACUACAGGUGGAGACCUAUGGUUCCAUGGACAAGCGUGAGAAGGUUGAGCUCAUUUUGGAGCAAAUGCGCCUGUGUCUAUUGAAGGAGGACUAUGUGUCUACUCAGAUCAUUGCCAAGAAAAUCAGCAUUAAGUUUUUUGAUGAUCCGGCUCAGCAUGAUCUCAAGCUAAAAUUCUACAAUUUAAUGAUACAGCUAAAUCGGGAAACAUCGUUCCUAAAUACAUCUCGUCACUAUCAGGCGAUUGCCGAGCCACCUCGUAAAAAAGCCCCGGUACCCAUGGAGUCGUCUACCUCUGAUGAAAAAAAAAAGAAUGAGGACAAGAAGGUAAAGGAGGAAGAUGAUAAGAAGUCGGAAACCGCGAAUGCUGUUGAGCUCGAAACCGAACUGACAGAUGCACAGAAAAAGGAACUGACAGACAAGCUGGUCUGCGCUGUGUUGUACUGUGUAUUAGCUCCAUAUGACAACGAACAGAGCGAUAUGAUGGCGCAUUUAUCCAAGAACAAAAAGCUGGAAGAUGUGCCUGUCUAUAAGGAAAUACUGCGUCUGUUUAUGUCAAAAGAGCUAAUUAAUUUCGAUACUUUUAAUGCAGACUUUGGCAUGGUUUUAGCCGAGAACGAAAUGUUUAAGGAUAGCACCAAGCAUGGAAAGAAAUGCAUCACUGAGCUAAAAGAUCGUCUGAUAGAGCAUAAUAUUCGUAUAAUUGCGAUGUAUUAUUCACGAUUGCAUUUGGCGCGCAUGAGUGAGCUCCUGAAUUUGCCCACAAAUCGCUGUGAGGAAUAUCUGUCCAAGUUGGCUAAUACCGACACAAUACGUGUCAAGAUCGAUCGACCUGCUGGCAUCAUUUACUUUACUACAAAGAAGAGUGCAUCCGAUAUACUGAACAAUUGGGCAACCGAUGUGAAUCAGCUUAUGUCAUUGGUCAACAAAACCUGUCACUUGAUCAACAAGGAAGAGUGCGUCUACUCAGUUAUGUGUGCUGUCGAGGAUUAG